ACGUCAUCGCCGACGUUGGCCAGUCCGAGGAGCCAGGCAACGGUGACGCGCUCGCUGACGCGAUGGUGCCGGCUGCAGCCCAGGUCUGCGGCUGCAGCCCAGGUCGGCGGCUGUUGGCGGCCGAGCUCUGCAGCGGAGGCAGCUAAGUUGCUAUGGCAGCUCCGGGUGCAGGACUGGGAAUUGGACUAGGGGCCAAGUGGUGGGAAGCCCGGGCCGCUGGGGCCGGCGGGCCUGAGAGCCGCUUCUCGUUCGUUGAGUUCGCCGCCGUGCUGAGCGGCUUGGGCUCACCCAGCCCCGCGCCCAGACCCGCCCCCCCGCCCCCGCCCCUGCAGAUCCUGCAAGGUCUGUGGCAGCACGACCCCAGCCCCAGCGAGCUGCGGAAGGGCAAACUGCGGCCCGGCCGCCUGCGCCUCGCCUCGCGGCCGCACCGCCACCUGGGACCCACCGGCCGCGACCUGCACGCCCUGAAAAAGCUGAGGGAGGCCGCCAACACCAAUGACUUAGAAACGGUGCGGCAGCUGCUGGAAGACGGGGUCGAUCCCUGCGCGGUGGACGACAAGGGCCGCGCGCCCCUGCACUUGGCGGCCAGCAACGGCAACGACCAGAUCGUGCAGCUGCUGCUGAACCACGGAGCCGACCCAGACCUGAAGGAUGGUCUGGGGAACACGGCCCUGCACCUGGCUGCCUGCACCAACCACAUCGCCGUCAUCACCACGCUCCUGCGAAGAGGCGCCCGGGUGGAGGUCCUCGACCGGGCCGGCAAGACCCCCCUGCACCUGGCUAAGACCAAGCUGAACCUUCUGCAGGAGACCCAGCCCCAGUGCUUGGAGGCCAUCCGGGUGGAGGUGAAGCAGAUCAUUCAGAUGCUCAAGGAGUACCUAGAGCGCCUGGGCCAGCACCAGCAUCGCCUCCGGCUGGACGACCUCUGCACCCGUCUCCAGACGACCAACACCAAAGAGCAGGUGGAGGAGGUGACCGGCCUGCUGGUCAAUUUCACCUCUCUCAGCCUGCAGGUGCCCGACAAGAGGUAGUCGCUUAAAGAGGCCCUUCCCCCCUCCCACCCCGCCCCCCCCAUUCCCCUCCAUGAUCUUUGCCUAGCAUCCAUCAUCACCAUCUCAGCAAAAGGGGAGAUGCCACCCUGUUCUGCUACCCUUCCACUGGAUCCCCGCCUGCCUGGUGAAGACCUCAUCAUCUCCACUGAGGAAUGUGGUACACAGAGGGACCUUUCUUUAGAGCCUCCACCCACAGAGGCAGUACCUGUUGCUUCCUUCUUUGGCCUCCAUCACCCAGAACCCCAUCACCAUCCCUUCUGCCUGGCUGAUAACGCAUGGCCUAUAGCUUCAGCCAUGCCCUGGUGAAUAGCCGACCUUCUGUUCUCCUGCUGCCUCUGUGGGCCAGUUUAGGCCUGCCCUCCUUUGGCAGCAGGAGGCACCAGAUUAGGGGUUUCCAGACCUCUUUCUCCCUCCUUUUUAUACCUGUGGCUCCUCUCCUCAAUGGGACACAACUAGGAGCAGAUGGGCCCCCGCCCUACACUCAAAGCUCCCUUCUGAGCUUUUCAACAGCACAGGUUCAAGUUCAUCUCUGUGGCUUGCUGCUGUGAGCAGAGAAGCCAGGACUGGAGUGGACCACAGACUGUGGAGGGGCAGCCCCUUUUCCAAGUCCUUUUUUGGGGGGAGAAGCAGAGGUUUCUGGUGGUAAACAUUGUAUCUUUCACCGGCACUUAAAUUUCAGACUUGAGACCUAAAUGGAGCUGUGGUGAGCGGAGGGAAGAUUUUUUUUUUUUUUUUUGAAAUGGACAGUUUGGGGCGGGGCCAGGAAUUUU